CGGUGAGACAGACCGUCAAAUCGUGAACACUUUGAAAUCUAGAGGUCGUUGAACCGUCAACGCGCCAUGUCCACUAUGACUAAUUACAAGCUCGUGUUUGUAUUAAUCGUCGUAGUAGUGUCACAAGUUUUUAAUUAUGCAAGUGCACUGAACAUACUAGCUAUCGCGUCUUUGCCUCUCAAAAGCCAUUACAUGGCCUUCCAAACACUAUUUCGUGAGCUAGCUAUCCGAGGACAUUCAGUUACUGUUAUAAAUAAUUUUCCCGAAAAGAAUCCCGUACCAAAUUUAAAAUUUAUUAAUAUAAAUGCACCGAUUCGCCCUAUGCCCGGUAUGGCGUUUUUUGAAAAUAACACAUCAUCGUUUUCUCAUCUACUAAAUUUCAAAAUACAUUUUACAAUAAGUCCAACGAAUGUGAAACAGGACUGUGAGCUUCUUUUUAGUAAUAAAGAUGUCAAGGCGCUUCGGGAAAGAGGAGAUAAAUUUGACGUGAUAUUUGUUGAGCAAUUCGUAAGUGACUGUGGGCUUGCUUAUGCGGCCGCUCUAUACGAUGCACCUAUUAUUGGAAUAACUUCGCAUACUCUCCUACCUUGGGCUUAUUCAAGAAUUGGGAUUCCGUUCGAUAUUUCAUCGAAUGCAUUUUACUUUUCAAACUCUGGCACGAAUCCGUCCCUAUAUCAGAAAGUUGAGAGUUAUCUUAUGAACAUAUAUGCGAACACGAUUGGGUUAUGGCAAUUACAGAGAUCCAUAUAUGACAUAUUUAACAAGAAUCUUCCAAAUGUUGCGUUGGACGUAGAGAAAAUAGCUAGAGAUAGGAUGAAAAUGAUGUUUGCUUAUCAACAUUAUUCAAUAACUGGAGCAAGAUUACUUGCACCGCAGCUACUUGAAAUUGCUGGUAUGCAUAUUGGUAAACCGCAGCCAGUGCCAGAGGAUAUAGAGAAAUUUAUAUCUAGUGCCAAGGACGGUGUCGUUUACGUCAGCUUCGGAUCCAAUUUGAAAGCGAGUACUAUGUCGAAGAAAAAAAUGGAACAAUUCCUUCUCGCGUUUAAGAAAAUCCCGCAAAAGGUGCUCUGGAAGUUGGAAGAUACGACGUUUUCAGUCAGCAAUGAUAAUUUAUUAACACGUAGCUGGUUCCCUCAAUUAGAUAUUUUGUGUCAUCCAAAUGUAAUUGCAUUCGUGUCUCACGGUGGAAUGUUAAGUAUCUCUGAAGCAGCUCACUGCGGGACGCCAUUGCUGACGAUUCCUUUCUUUGGAGAUCAGUUUUCUAAUUCCGCGGCUGUGGCCGAUAGUGGACUGGGAAUGACCAUGUACUUUGACCACCUUAACGACGACAACUUGGCUGAAGCAAUCAAACAGUUGGCGUCUUCAGAGGUGCAGCAAAAUGCUAAGCAAAUUUCAAAACUUUGGCAUGACCGACCUAUGAAUGUCUUGGACAGCGCCAUCUUUUGGACGGAGUACGUAGCAAGACACAAAACGGCGCCACCAUCUCUACCGUCGACUCACAAUUCAUGGUUUAUAUCAUCGCUGCUAGAUGUCUAUAGUAUUCUAAUUGUAUUCGUAUUAGGAAUUUUGUCUCUUGUGUAUACAAUUUGUAAAAUAUUUAUAUUAGUUUUUACAUCAUUUGUUAAGUUAUUUAAG